GUGUGGGGAAGGGCGGAAGUGCUGCAAACUCGUUGAGACUGCGACCCGCGGCUGGGCGGGCCUCUUACAGUCUUACCCACGAUACCCUUGUGUCAAGGGGAGGAGGCAGGCUCAUUAUGAGCUACGCCUCCGGACAGUCCGGAGGACGAGCAGCGGCUCCUUGGCGUGGGUCGGAGGCCGCCAUCGCUUCCUCGCGACUUCCAGCAAGCCCGUCAUGAUCACACCUCCGCUGCAACGAGGUGCGUGGGUUGAAGAAGUGCAAGAUUGACAAGACAGACAAAGUCAGGAACCGGCGCUAGCGUUUGGUGGUCAGGGCUGGGUGCGCGGAACCAGCCACGCGCGUCAUGGUGAGGCGUCGACUUGCGUUGCUUGCUGCUCCCGCUGCUGCCGCCGCUUCACUCUCUGCAAUUUCUGCCCCUUGCCCUCGUCCACCUACUUUCAUCUACGAAGAUACAUCUUGAGCGUCGCGGCCACGGGAGCGAGCGGAGAUGGUCACACAGCAGGAGAUUCGGUCAGGCCGCCGGUCGAAGAACGAAGCGCAGGUGGAGGAUCAUUCUACGACGGGAGCUUCCCGCAUGAUCGUCGAGGACGAUGAGCACACAGGCUCCUCGUCCAGCGAAGACGACUACGGCGGGAGCGAUGACGAGGCCUCGUACAUGGUCGAUGGUGAGCGGCUCGACCUUCAGGCCACGGCCGAGUCAUUGAUGGCGCAGCAAAAGGAGGAUGGCAUGUCACCGCAGGUCGAGGGCGUGCUAGACCUGCUCAUUUGGGGUAUCCCAUUCAGUGCGCUGUUCGUACUGCUGGACAUCAUGAUUCAGCAGCAAUAUGCGAUGCAUCCGACGCUGCUCAUCGAGAUUGGGAGGAUGAUGGGCACGAUACCCAUCUUGAUGGCCAUCCUCUGGUUUACAACAAUUCGACCCUUCGCACGAAGCCGCGUCCUCCAGCUCCUCUUCUUCUCGACGGCAGUGACAUGCGGCUGCUCCUUCGUCUGGACAUACCACGAGUCGCCUUUCCAGGUCGUCAUGCGGCGAACCCCACCGCUAGGCUGCCUAUGGAUCUACUCCAUCGUCAAGCUCGACCUGUUACCAUGCGUCACCUCACUAGCCAUCGUCGCCCUCUUCAUUUGGCAACACAACUUGCCAAUCAUCUACGAUAGAAUAUAAAGAUAUUCGUGUGUCUC